AUGGGCCCCAGUGGUGGAUUGCAGCUUCGCGUGGCCACAUUCAACUGCUGGGCCCUGCCCCAACCAUGGCCCAUCGGCAGCUCUGACCGGAAGCAUCGACUACAACGGCUGGCCGAUGAGCUGCUCAAGGAUGAGUAUGAUAUUGUCGGGCUUCAGGAACUCUGGUCCGAGUACGACUACCUGGACUUGGCCGAGCGCACACAGACCGUCUUCCCCUACUCCCACUAUUUUCAUUCUGGAUUCACGGGCAGCGGUGUUGCCGUCAUUUCUAAACACCCGAUUGUUUCCACCCUGAUGUAUCGAUACUCCCUAAAUGGCUUCGCGCAUCAUAUCCAUCGCGGCGAUUGGUUCGGUGGAAAGGUUGUUGGGAUGGUGGAGCUGGAGAUUGGCGAGCUGAGGGUCAACUUCUACACAACACAUUUGCACGCCGAGUACGACCGCGAGAAUGACCUUUAUCUGCCACAUCGACUGGCCCAAUCGUUCGAGCUGUCCCAAUUCGUGCGCCACACAUCCCGCGGCGCCGAUUUCGUGCUCCUUUGCGGCGAUCUGAACAUGGAACCCGAUGAUCUCGGCAUAAGACUGCUCAUGUCCAACACAAAACUCAUCGACGCGUGGCGCAUGUUCAACGAGGGACACACACUCGCUGGCCAACCCGGCAACGAAAGAACAUCGCUCGUCCGCCGAUCGGGGAUGACGUGCGACCGGCCCGACAAUUGCUACACCAGUGCUUUUAUGAAAGAAACGUGCCCCGACGGCAAGCGCAUCGACUACAUGUUCUUCAAAAGCGGCCGAAUGCACGGUCAUUUGGAGGAUUGCGGCGUUUGCUUCAAUAAGAUCCCGGAGGACGAGCUGAAUUUCUCGGAUCACGUCGGCGUCUACUCCAUUUUUCACAUUCACACCGAGGAUCGACAGGCUUCGAUGAUCUGGGAGCACGAGCUGCCGCUGCUGAAGGAAGUGAUAGAAACGGUCAGGGAGGGCCAAAAACGAGCCCACCGGGAUCGAUCGCUGUAUAUAGGUCUAUUCAUCGGAUUCGUGGUGCUUCUACUCGGCUCGCUAAUCGUCGACCAAUUUGUGCCAUGGCUCUCCGUCCCCCUAUCCAUUCUACGCUUCAUUUUGACAGUUUUGAUCGCAUUCACAUUUUGGUACGGUUUCCUGGGGCUGACGAUGGAGCUGAAAGCGUUGAAGGGAACCCGCCAAGCAAUGUGCCAAUUGUUGAAUGAG